AUGUCCGACUUCAAGGUUGGGCAGACUGUCGCGCUCCUCGAUGGUCGCCAGGCUGUCAUCAGAUUCAUCGGCACUCUGCACAUUGCUGAUGGCCAAUUCAUCGGAGUCGAGUUCGCUGAUCCCAGUGGCAAGAACGACGGCUCGGUCAGAGGCGAGAGGUACUUCGACUGUCCUCCUAAUCAUGGCAUGUUUAUGAGGGCGAGCAACAUCGCGGAAGUCAUCAUCGACGCACCAAAGCUAGCUCCCAAGGUGAAGCCACGACCAGCUUCUGGGUCACAGUCUCCCCUCAAGAAGCCAGCUCCACGUGCCUCCAGGCAGAGCAUGGCUCCUCCCCCAACCCGCCGCACCUCUAUCGUCCCCACAACCUCCUCAGCUGCCACUUCCCGUCCGACCUCAUCUCGCCCCGCUCCC